UUGUUGUUGGUUGUUGUUGCCACAAUGUCGCUCACUUUGUGGAAUUCGAGAUUUUCUGUAACGCUUGUGCGCCGCCAGUAUUCAACGAUAUUUACGUCUGGCCCCAGUAGUUCACACUACAAUUACUACAAAACAACACAAAUAACAAAUUCAAGUUCAGAUUUCUCACCACAUCAUCAACAACAACAACAACAUCAGCAACAUCAGCAACGCCGCAAUUUGUUUACCGCUAUGAAACGCAACAGUAACAGUAAAGGAACCGGAUUAGGGUCCCAGAGCCGUGGCUCGCAUGACAGCGGCAAUAGCCUAGGAACAGGGGGAGGAGGUGUUGGUGGUAGUUCAACCAAUGUACCCCCCUUUACCCAUCCACAUUGCGAUCGGCAAGCCAUGUACGCUCAGCCGGCACGAAUGUUUAGGGCUACCAGAGGUAACUAUGAUUAUGAUCUGGUUGUGAUUGGUGGCGGAUCAGCUGGUCUGGCCUGUGCCAAGGAGGCGGUCACGAACGGAGCACGUGUCGCUUGCCUGGACUUUGUGAAGCCCACGCCAAUUGGCACCAAAUGGGGUGUGGGUGGCACUUGCGUCAAUGUCGGCUGCAUCCCCAAGAAGCUGAUGCAUCAAGCCUCUCUGCUGGGCGAGGCUGUGCAUGAGGCAGCUGCCUAUGGCUGGAAUGUAGAUGACAAGAUUAAACCGGAUUGGAGCAAGCUGGUCUCAUCGGUGCAGAAUCACAUUAAGUCUGUUAAUUGGGUGACCCGUGUGGAUUUGCGUGACAAGAAAGUGGAAUACAUCAAUGGCCUGGGCUCGUUUGUGGAUUCGCACACAUUGCUGGCCAAACUGAAGAGCGGCGAGCGCACCAUUACCGCUCAGUCCUUUGUGAUCGCGGUGGGCGGACGUCCUCGUUACCCAGAGAUUCCCGGUGCUGUGGAAUAUGGAAUUACCAGCGAUGACUUGUUCAGUCUGGACCAUGAACCCGGCAAGACUCUGGUGGUGGGAGCUGGAUACAUUGGUCUGGAGUGCGCUGGUUUCCUAAAGGGAUUGGGCUAUGAGCCCACUGUCAUGGUCCGUUCAAUUGUAUUGCGCGGCUUCGAUCAGCAGAUGGCUGAAUUGGUUGCUGCAUCGAUGGAGGAGCGCGGAAUUCCAUUCUUGCGCAAAACUGUGCCCCUGUCCGUUGAGAAGCAGGAGGAUGGACGCUUGCUAGUCAAAUACGAGAACACCGAAACAGGCGAAGUCAGCGAAGAUGUCUUCGAUACCGUUUUGUGGGCCAUCGGUCGCAAGGGUCUCGUCGAUGACCUCAAUCUGCCGAAUGCCGGUGUUUUGGUGCACAAGGACAAGAUCCAGGUGGACUCAUUGGAGACCACAAAUGUGGGCCACAUCUACGCUGUCGGUGAUAUUAUUUACGGCAAGCCAGAGCUGACACCCGUUGCUGUUUUGGCUGGUCGCCUUUUGGCCCGUCGUCUCUUUGCCAAUGCCACCCAACGCAUGGACUACGCCGAUGUGGCCACCACUGUAUUCACGCCCCUGGAAUACGCCUGCGUGGGCCUCAGCGAGGAGGAUGCCAUCAAGACCUAUGGCGAGGAAGAAGUGGAGGUAUACCAUGGCUAUUACAAGCCCACGGAGUUCUUCAUUCCCCAGAAGAGUGUGCGCUAUUGCUAUGUGAAGGCUGUGGCCGAACGCAAUGGCCAACAGCGUGUCUAUGGCCUCCACUAUCUGGGCCCCUCGGCCGGUGAGGUCAUCCAGGGCUUUGCUGCUGCCCUCAAGUCGGGCUUGACCGUCCACACUCUAAUGAACACGGUGGGCAUUCACCCAACCACCGCUGAGGAGUUCACCCGCCUCAGUAUUACCAAGCGCUCCGGUCUGGAUCCCACACCAGCUAGUUGCUGCAGCUAAACUGGAUCUCUUCCAGCCAACACCCCAGCCCCAGCCCAAGCCCAAUUCGCCACAACCGCAGCCCCAGCCCUUAGCGAUAGAAAAAAAAGAGUUUUAGCUUUGCUUUUAGUUUCGAUCACAUUAAGAACAACAACAACAACAAUCAACCAACAGACACACACCAAAAAUAGCUCAGAACCAGGACAGGACAGGACAGGACAGUGAUGGGGAAAUAAAAUAGAUUAACAAAUACAGAAACUGGAAUGGGAAUGGGACGACGAUAAGUUGACAUGUGCGUGUGCCUGUGUGUGUAUACGUCUAUGUGGAGUAUAUGGGAGACGACGCAAAGCGAUGGUAGACUGACUGCUGGACUCCAGUGGAACUGGGGUGAAUCUAUCAUCUAUCUAUCCAUUCGGCAUCCGCUAAAUCGCUGCUACUGAUCUAUCUGCCUCUGUGUGUGUUUGUGUGCACUUUUCCCAAGCACUCAAAAUUUGAAAAUGAAUUAUGUUGAAAUGGAAAAACAAAAAAAAAAAAGAAAAACUUACGAUUAUGAAAAUUUCUAAUUUGUGUAUGGUAGGAAAAAUAUAAUUUU